CCAAAGUUCCACUUAAGAUUUAGGAAGCAAAGUAUUUAGGAAGCUUCUAACUUGAUAGUUUUAUAUUAAUAACUAGGCAGAGAUAUAAAUGAAGAUCAUGUUUUCAAUAAUAUUUUCAGCACUUAGUGUUCACUUAGCUCUUCAAGAGUAUUCACUUCGCUGUUCAACAUACAGAUAAUUAAUAUGGCUUUUGACCUUGUGGGAAAAGCUGGGAAUAGGAAAGAGUUUGGGACUAGAAAUGAACCUAGAACUAUUUAAAUCCUUUCAUACGAGCUACAAAUUAAGAACGUGAUUUUUCUCAAGAGAAAAAAUUAUUAAUUACAUCUUGUAUUUUGUGGUUUAGAACAGUAAUAAUGAUUUGCAUGGUUGGCAUUUCUUGACAGUUAGUGGCUCUCUGAACUAAGGAUAGAAAUAAGUAUUCUCAAGAGGUCAAUUGGUUGUACUUAAUGAUUCCAAACAGAGAUGGCUUUUCCCUCACCAUACUUCCCUUUAAAAAUCGCUGCAGUCGUAAUUAUAGAGUGGAAAAGAGGAAAGCUUUCUAAAUUAAACUAAUGCUUCUUGUGAGUAGUUCUGUGGGCCAUCUACCCGUGCAUUAUAGUUGAUUAGUUUUGAUUUAGGACAUGUAAAUAGUUAUUACAACUGAAAACUGCUAGAUCCUUUCAGGGGGUUCAGAUCAGUAAGAGAACAUGGUUCCUACUGAUUUGUCCUCUGAUUCACACUUUGCUCUGGAUUUUGUGGAAGGCAUUCCACUGCAGUAUGUCUCCACUCAUAUUUAAUGACAUGAGAAACAGUGUUCAACUAGAAUUGAAAUGGGGUUUUAAUUUUCCUUGUUCAAUAAUUGUGCAUCACAGAACACAUGCUCCAGUAUUUUCUGUCAAUGUAUAUAUAUUUCUUUUAUAUAUUUAUAUAUUCCUUUUUGUGAUUACGUAACACAUUAACAAGAAAUAGUUUACCAGGCACUGGGAACUGUAAGUUUCUGGAGAAAGAUGACUUCUGCAUGCUGGAUCAGAUCUUGGUUCUGGGCAAUACUGGAAAAAAUGCUUACUUUUAGCAGAUAAAUUUAAUAAAUCAUUAAACAUUCUGGCAGCACAUUGUAGCAUGUUCUGAUAUACAUCGAACAUAAGUCUUAUCAUCAUACUGUUUUUACAAGUAGAAAGUUUGCUGUUUUGGCUCUAUUGGAGUUACUGGUUUUGUCUGCUGUCUUUGCAUGUAAGAUACAAUCCUUUAUUUCUGGUUGAGCAUGCUACUCAGAUUUUGAACAGAAACGUAUUUACCUUUUAGCUUCUAAAACUGUUAAAACCAGACACCAUGGUUCUAGCAAUAAUUAUAUUUGAUGAAUGGAACUCGUGUGGUAUUUAGCUUUAAGUGUGUACUUCAUUGAAAUAAUUCUGUCUAUUACGUUCUAUAAAAAGAAAGUUGCAUAUGAGUGAGAACCUUGCUUUAGAGGAAAUGUGCAUACCCAGUAAUUUUUAGCACAGAAAUGGAAAAAAGUGAUGCUGUGUAAAGAUGUUUUGCAUCUGAAAAGAAUUGGUGAGGGUACAUGGUCCAAAUGUGAGAAUGCUGUGACAAAAAGAUAUCUGCCUCUUGCUUGAGUACUUUCAUCAUCAAAAAGCAUACCUAUUUAAAUUACCAAAUUACGGUGAUCUUGCACAAGUUGUGCAGUUACUAUUCAGCAAUGACUCUGGCUUUAAAAUUACUGGAUCUGUCUUUUUCAAAAAGCAGGUGAGGAUUGAAAUGAAAUGCCUGUGAAGUUGUGGUAUUGGUCCCUUUCUUUCAUUUGGUAUUUCUGUCCUUACAUAUUUUUUGAUGUGUUGAGGGGGUAGGAAGAGGGAUACGUGAGAAAGGAAAAAUGUGAGGUGUGUGUUUAAUAAUUGUGUGAAUGCUCAUGGCAGAAGCCCUGUGAGUACAAAAUACAUGUGAUGUGACUGUUACAGAAGAGAUCCUUUUGAACUUGCUGUCUGAAUGACUUUUAUGAAGUGUGAUAUCCAAGAAAGGACAUAACUAAUUUGCUUGAAGUGGUCACACAGCCUUUGCAGUCAGGUGAGGGAAGCAGUGUUUCACCUCUUCUACAUAUAAAAAUCUAUACUAAGAUCAUGGGAAUUAUCUCCUAAAUUGCUGUCUAAACUCACGGAAGGUCUAUGGCAUCCACAGAAUCCUGUGGCUAAUAUUGUCACUAUCGUAGGGUGAUUGUUCCCUUUGGCUGCUCCUACUUCUUAUGAGACAGCAAUCAUUCAUUUUUCCUAUGCCACUAACAAUUUUGUAAUUAUCCUGUGGUACGUUUUUUCGGUCACUUCUGAAUGGAGAUCAGACAAAGCAGAACUGAACUGAAGAUAAGUGGUGCCAUGAGUGUGUAUUGUAGCAGGUAGGGUAUCUAAAUAUAUAUUGUACAUGGAUAGCUCUUUCCUCCUUUCAGUUGUGCCCAGUGUUGGUACCAAACAGAACAUGCAUAGAUACUGUGAAUAGGAUUUGUGUUAUUGAGUACAGGCAUCUCAAAAUAGUAACACAAAUUCAUCACAGCAUGCAGAGAUGGAGGACAGUGAUUGCUUUUUGUAGAAGUCUGCAUCUCUCUUCUGACUAAAAACAUCAUGAAGACAGCCUGAAGUGAUUGCUGCUAUUGUCCAGACUGAAUGAGAGGAUUCCCACUUUGUCAUUCUGGCUGUGGUGAUUUUUUUUUAAGACAUAGAAUACUUCUGGUUUCCAGCUUGUUGAAAUGCCAGACUACUCUGUGAGUGCUUAAUUUAAUAGUCCAAGAUAGAGAGGAGUUCUGUAAAGAGCUCCAGGGGAGCUCUCAGCUCUUUUGCAUUUUAUUUGUCUGUAAAAGCAGUGAAUAUUUGAUAAAUACAUAAGAUAGUGCCUGUAAAAUCUAAAGGAACUCUUGCACUGUAUCAGCAUAACAGCGAGGGAGGGAGUUCAGCAUAAUGUCUGAGGGUUAAAUUUACAAGGAAAAAAGAGGAUGUACAGUUAAACAUAAUAUAAAGGUUAUUGCAGGGGAUGGGGGCUGUAGCAACUGAAGAAGAAUUAGUUUCCUAUACAUUGAUGUCAGUCAGUCACUGAGUGAAACACACUGAGAAAUACUUUAAUCCUGUGGAUGAGUUACUUGAUGAUGAACAGCAGAUGGAAGUACAGACAUGAAUUUAAGAUCUUCGAUGCUUUCAAAUGUUUAAUUCAGAUUUGGUAAAUGACACGGAAUAAGAUACUGCCUGAACAAGCUGAAAUGCCUUGAAGACCUUUGGUUCUGCUUUUAUUCUUCCUGAAGCAAUGGUUUUCUCAGCAAUGUUGACACCAACCAAUCCUGGGACCUCAAAUGCUACUUCUAUUCUUUAUGAAAAUGCCUACACGAAUUUUACCACUCCCCAGGUCUUACUUCGUAGUGGCACAACACAGCCACUGAGAUAUAGUUCAGGUGCUGUGCUCACCUCUGACAGAAGUACUUUUCUGGUAGACACUACAGCUGUCCUGCCAUCACAAGAAGUUUUCAGAAGCUUGAGUUUGCCACUCCAGAUCAUACUUUCUGCUGCUAUGAUAUUUAUCGUGUUGGUUUCUUUCCUUGGAAACUUUGUUGUAUGCCUCAUGGUCUACCAGAAGGCAGCUAUGCGAUCUGCAAUUAACAUUCUCUUAGCAAGCCUGGCUUUUGCAGACAUGCUGCUGGCAGUGGUGAACAUGCCUUUUGCUUUGAUAACAAUCAUUACCACUCAUUGGAUUUUUGGGGAUAUCUUCUGCAGAGUCUCUGCCAUGUUUUUUUGGCUUUUUGUCAUAGAGGGGGUAGCAAUUCUUCUUAUCAUUAGCAUUGACCGAUUUCUUAUUAUAGUUCAGAGGCAGGAUAAACUGACACCUUACCGUGCGAAGAUUCUCAUUGUGAUUUCUUGGGCAGCAUCCUUUGUUGUUGCUUUUCCAUUAUCAGUAGGGAAUCCUAAUCUGCAGAUACCCUCAAGAGCACCUCAGUGUGUUUUUGGCUACUCUACUAGCCCAGGCUACCAGGCGUAUGUGAUAAUUAUAUUGCUAAUUUCUUUUUUUAUUCCAUUUCUGGUAAUGCUGUAUUCUUUUAUGGGCAUACUCAACACCGUCCGCCACAAUGCAGUUCGUAUCCAUAGCCACCCUGACAGCAUAUGCCUCAGCCAGGCCAGCAAACUCGGUCUCAUGAGCUUACAAAGACCUUUUCAGAUGAACAUUGAUAUGAGCUUUAAAACUCGUGCCUUCACAACCAUCUUGAUUUUGUUCCUUGUCUUCAUAGUGUGUUGGGCACCCUUCACCACUUACAGCCUUAUUGCCACAUUCAACAGCCACUUCUACUACAAGCACAACUUUUUUGAGAUAAGCACUUGGCUCCUCUGGCUCUGCUACCUCAAGUCUGCACUGAACCCACUGAUUUACUACUGGAGGAUUAAGAAGUUUCAUGAUGCAUGCUUAGACUUGAUGCCUAAAUACUUCAAGUUUUUGCCACAGCUACCUGGCCAUACAAGGCGGCGCAUUCGACCCAGUGCCAUCUAUGUGUGUGGAGAACAUCGGUCAGUAGUGUAGAGCUGCGGUUGUAUGACAAUGAUUGUUACUGUUUGAGAUUGUUUUUGACUUUUUUGUUUAGUUCUAUAUGGCUCCUUCAGUGUGGCCAUGUCUUAUAACUUGAUACGAUUUUCCAGUACUCUGUGCAAUUUUGGGAGGAAAGACGGAAGGAAGGUAAAUUGGUUAUAGUUGGGUUAACUCCCAGAAUACGAUGUAAAGAGAAUAACAAAUGUUACCUCUGGGAUUCCAUGGAAAUCCAUUCUUUUAAACAAAAGUUGCAUUUGUAACAUUUUGUCAGGCUUAUGCUUACUAGGCCUGCAGUUGCAUCGAAUUAUAGGGAUUUUUUAUGCUGCUAAGAUACAGUAUAUUUAGUUGGUGUAAUGUUUCUGAAAAAUGUUGCUGCUGUCUACCAAUAUAACGGAGCCAAAAAGUCUCAUUAGGUAACUUCUAUUUAAUUUUAACAAUAUUUCAAAAGUUUUGAUUGUGAUGUUAUAAAACAGGUUUUUUUUUUGCUUUUGUUUUAAUAUUUCCAUUAAUAUUUUUGUGCACUUUAAAAAAAAAAAAAAAAAGCUAUAUUUUCACUGGAAUAUUUAGUUCUGUAUUGAAGGGGCAUUAUUGUUAUUAUUUGUUAUAUUGAUGGCUUUCAGUGAAAAUCCCAUGCAAGCUCUAGGAGGAUAGUUUAUGUUGUAGCUACAAUUGCAGUCACAAACCUGCUUUUUUUUCCUGACAGUUCAAAGUAACAGCUGCACAGUUCUUGGGGGGAGGUGGGAGGAAAAAACAGGAGAGAAAGGAGUGGAAAUCUCAUAUCCUGAGGCUAACAGGAGAUUUUGGAAGGAGUUCAUUUGUCUUUCAUUCAUUGUCUUUGGGGGAAGGGGUAGCUCUAGUUACUUCAGGUUAUUAGAAGCUAUCCAAACCUAAUGAUGUGCUUGAAAAGCUAUCAGGAAUUGACUUUAUGCUUACAGUUCGCACUGUGUUGAUAUAACACUGUUUCUGCAUGAAACUGAUACAGGGCUAGGUUUGCUUCAUGUGGCUGAAGUUGUGUUGUCAGGUUAUGCAGAUAGAGUUAGGGAUAGCAGAAACCAUACCUGAGACUAGGACCUAGUCUAUAUAGAAGGGAAGAAAAUCCUCAGUGCUUGUUUUCCAGUUUAAAUAUUGAACUGAAAGCCAAUAGUAAUGAAUAACUGUUGGCCAGCAAAUUUUGCUAGGGCUAGAGUUAAAUUCCCAUUUUCCCAUUGAGGAUACAUUAUGUUGAUUUUUUAUUUUCCCCUCUCCCUCUGUAGUGCUUGCUGCCUCAGGAGAUCACUGUAUUGUUCUCAUGCAUUAAGCAUUGGGUUCUCUCCCUGAAAUGAUGAACCUUGAUUCUGAUUUGUGUCAGGCUGCCUUGGCACCUGCCUGGAAAGCAGGAAGACAGAUGUUUUCCUUGAUGAUAGCAGUCUAGGCUCGCACCUUUUUUUUUUUUCAGUCAGCUAAGUAAGUAUUUAAUGAGAGGCAAGUAAGAUCAAGACUUAGAUUUGGGCUGUGAAGAAAGAUUUGCCAGUUGCUCUGAGCCUAAGAGUGGAUGCUUGAAGAACUUUUGUGUUCUUGCACCUGAGGAGCAAGUAGCAAUUUUAUCUGUUGUUGCAUAAGUAUUGAACUAACUGUAUGAACAAAAUGCUCUGUAUAGUGUGGAUAUCCAGGGACUGCUUGCUUCCAGAGGCCAGCUUAACAUUUAUAGUAUGGGUUUUGUUUUUCUUCAGUCAAGAACUAAUUUAACAAUGAUCUCCAUUCUCAUUGACAACCACUGGCAAAACUGGUGGCAGUUUUUACAUUUCAGGAGAAUAAAGGGAAUCAUUCUGAACUGUAGUUCUUUUUUUUUUCAUUAAAAAAAAAUAAUGAUCCUGUUAAUGCACUGUGAGUGGAAGUUGUGGACUGUAAAGGAAUCCAGGUGGCGGUGACGUUAUUGAUGUCUGCUUUGUAUUUUUUGUCAACUAACUAAUGAUACAGAUUUUUCUGAUCAAAAUGAUAGUACAGGAUUUCCACUGUAAAACUGUAAAAGAAUGUUUUAGUAUGUGUGCAUUACAGCUUUUAUUUCUCAAUUACAUUUACAUCGAUAGCAAAAGUUUAUGACCUGGGUUGUAUGGAUUUUCUAUUUCAGAGCUGCCAUCGCUGUUAUUUCUGUAAACAGCAAAUUUUGUGCUUAAUGCACAAGUGUAAUACAGUGAGAGUAUACACUGUCUAAGAUAGCAGGGACAAGUAUUUUUUGCUGUCUUCCAGAGCUUGUAAUGUGAGGCUUGAAUGAAUGUUGUAAAAUAUAGUAAUUCAAGAACAAAACAGGAUUGAGUAAUAUGGGAAAGUUACUGAAAGGGCUUUCUUGAAGGAAAAGAGGAAGACAUUGUGAUGAGAUUUCAUAAUCUCUGAUAAGUACUUGAUGUCAAUUAGAAAUUUCAAACAUCAAAGGAUGUUAAUUUGUUUGAAUGACCUACUAUUUGUUUAUUCCAACUGUACCAGGGUUUCUGCUCAGAGCUGGGUCUGCUGAUACUUGAAGAAAAGAAACCCUGAUAGUGUAGCCUCAAUUCGAAUAUGACUGAAGUGCUGAUGCAGUAUCCACACUUACUAGACUUUAGAGAUGAUCAGAGCAUCCAGUAAACAGAAGGGUGUUCAAGAAAAGAAACAGCGUGGUAGAGAAGUAUCCCCAGGGUAAUUAUGUUUACAGAAUCCUUUGGCCUAUUGUGUCUAAUGGUCUUCAGAGCAGUGCCUUGAUAUUUACAGCUAAAGUCAUAGGACCGAGUUAAACACCACUUAAACUGCUCAGUCUUAUUGUCUGUGAUCUUGCUAAGUCAAGUCUGAUUUUGCUGGUGUCAGUAAUGUUAAAACACGUAUGUGCUUGCGUGAUUGGGUCUGUUGAGGCAUUUUGGUGGACUUGAUCAAGAAGGGAUUUUAAAAACUGGAAUCGAAAUUUCUUGAUUCUACUGGGAAAUUACAGCCUUCUUCUCCAAAAGUGAUACUUGUUACUGAACUCUGUUCUUACGUUACAUUUCUGGAAACAUUUGGUAUGGAGGAUUGAAAUGAAUGUAUUUUCAGUUAUGUUUCAGUUUAAUUAAUUCUGCCAAAGCAUGCUGCUUACACAAGAUUCAUUUGUUGAAAUCUGUUGCUAAAAUGAUUCUUUUGUACUCAGCUGUGUAUUUUUGACAUUUGUUACUCAUGUAAGAAUAUGUAUAUAGAGAAGAAAAUCGUUUUGCCUCUUAAUGCUUUCUGUUAUUUACUUAAUUUGUAUGCCAAAUGCUUUUAUCUUUUAAAUUUGGGCAUAUGCAUAGACAUCUGGAAGAUUUCAGUGGUCUUUCUGUAACCAAUUGAGACUUUUAAUUCUCAAACCAUUCUCAGUACCCUCCUUUAAAGAGAUUAUGAAUUAUUUUUAAAGUGAAAAAUAAACAUUAAGAGCACAAGUUUGUUGUGGAUGGAAUGAUGAAGAAUUUCUUAGGUCCAGUUUUCUAGGGGCCACUACUUUGCCGUUAUGAACUGGUUUGAUCUCCUUUUUUUGAGUAGUCAUUUUCUGAGAUGAAGAAACCUUGAAUUACUGUUUGUAAAGAAGCUGUUAAAUGGAAUGGUGUUGUCUUUCCUGUACAUACUACACGCAUGAACAUAUUUGAGGGGAAAAAAAAAACCAAGGAAAAAAAAAACUAAGAAUGAACAUUCUCAAAAAAAAAAAAAAUGUGGCAAAAGUCUAUAAAAUUGUUCUGAAUUUGUGCAUUCACAGACUAAGCAAAAGUUGCCUUCAGUUUAAUGCCCAGCUUCCUAGUUUCAAAAACCUUCUUUUGUUUGUAAAUUAAAUCACAGUAUAAGCUUGCUUUUCUGAAAUUCAGUUUAAAACAAAAUGUUUGGUUGUUGGUUUGGUUUUUGUUUGGUUUUUUUUGUAUGUGUGUAUAAAACAAAGUUACAGAAUGUUCUCUUGUAAGAGUGGCGAUGUCAAUAUAUCCAAAAUAAUUGAAGUACUGUAGAGCAAAAGAGAAGCUGAAGAUGUAAGAAGAAUUAACCUUCCAAAAGAUACUGCCUGAACUGGGUGUUCUACCAUAUAGCUCGGAUGAAGUAAUAAAAAUUAUCUUAUUUUGCAAUAAAUGAAACAAACAGUGGUA